CAACAGUAGUCAUUAGCCCACCCACAGCAGCAACUGCAACAGCAACAGCUACAGCACCACCCACCACAGAAACCUACGACUCCUUGUCUCUCCUCCCUCCGACGACGAGCACCGCGUCUGUCCGACGCGUCGGAGGAGUCGAAUAUCCGGACAUCCUUCCUCCUCCUCGUUUCCUGCUACGAAGAUGCGAGACAGAUCCCACCGUCGAUUCCCAACUCGCGAUAGAUGGCGGAAUCUCAUCCGCAAGCUGAAAACCCACCACCACCAGCAUUCUCCCUCUCUCUCCUUCCUGAAAGACGCCACAUGCGAUCCCCAUCCUUUCCAGCACCACCCCAUCCAAUCCAUCCCCAAAGACAUGGAAUCAUUGGAUCAAAAUCUUGAGAGAAGUAUCAUCAACGAAGUGCAGAGCAUAUCUCCUGUGAUGCCUCAAGAAUGCCAUCUACAAAACGGGCGAAACGUGUGGAGCUGGAGGGAUGGUGAUUGUGUUGAUGUACCUGUCUGGGACAGCGGGAUGGAUUGCCAUCCUGCGAUAGUGCAGCCACCUGCAGGGCGUGUUAUUAUUGUAAAGUGGGGUGAUAUGGCCCGGAAAGUAGGAAUUGAUGGAUCUGCGGAUGCCAUUAAAGCUGCCAUUAGAAGUGCUUUUGGAUUGAGGUCGAAACGAACCUUUUGGGUAGAAGAUGAGGAUGGUGUUGUGAGGAGCUUUGAUCGCACCAUGCCCCAGACGACUUACACACUUCAUAUCGAUCCCGGUGUAACAAUUAAGCUCUAUCACUAUGACGAAUGCAGCAGACAGACGACAAACAGUGAAGACGCGACUUUGUAUAGUGAAGAUGACUUCCGUGAGCUCCUAGCCCGUUAUGGAUGGCAAUCGCUGCGGGAGGUUGGCACUUGCAAGGAUGUGGAGUCAAUACAAGAGCUACGCCCCAUGGCCUCUUACCACUCUAGUUAUUUCAAAGACAUGAGCUUGUGAUAUCAACUGAAGAUGCAUUACUGAGAUUGUCAACCAGUGGUGUAAAUUGGUCACUCGUGUUGGCUACCGGCUCUUCCUUCUCUCAGCAAAAGCACAAAUGAUAAUAUUUGAUACUUGAACUGAAGAUGUCAGUAAAAAUCCGGGCUCUCAAGAUCGACAAUGUCAAGAUUUUGGUAAUGGCAUGAGAACGAGAUGCCGAACAGUAUCUCCUGAUGGUAAAGAAGGCAGGCAAUUGUUGCCAUGGAAAUUGUCUAAAGACUAAAAGAAUCUUGGGAUUUUGGUUGAAAGGUGAGUUAGUACUUGACUUUCUGUAAAAUGUUUGGAUUGGUGGGAAUCAAAACGUAGAUGUGGAGAACCGAAGGUCACAUCAGGGGAAAGGAAAAUGUGUAAAAAAAGAAUCUAUGUUAACGUGUUUGUUUUAGCACGUGAUUUCCAUGUAAAUGGUAAAAGGUCAAUUGUCAAAAAGUCAAAUACGUCUCUCCUAACUUUGGAGAUCUAGAUUCAACAGAUCAAAAACCUCUACUUUCUUACA